GUACUUACAUAUAAGAUUAUGAGCAGCAUUAACAUUGACGCAAUAAACGUGCUCAUAAGUGUUUUUAGUCCUAAUGUUACAGCAACCCUGGUCCUCAUCAUAGAGUUCCCAAUAGUUAUACAUUGGAAAUUUGCACAAAUCAGAUUUGCUACUGCCAUUGCAAACAUUUCUUGAUCUGGUUUUAAACCCUUGUUGAAAAGCAUAGUCAUAGAUGUGGAAGAAGAAAAAUUAAUUAAUGCGGUGGUGACUGCAGAGCCUAAUACAGAUUGAAAUAACUCCCACCUAGGCAAAAUUGGUGAGGGGAGACCAGAAGGAACAUAGCCAACAACAGGGACACCCUUUCCCUCAAAAUCACACAAGUAAGAAACAAGUCCAACAAUUAACAUUGUAAUGGCUUCGAUUGGUAUGACUAUCUUCGUAUAUUUAGCGACUAGAGGUUUAAAGACUACCAUAUUCAUUAUGAAUAUAGAUAUCACAACUACUGAUAUACCUAAUGUCCAUAAAUUUGUUUGUCCAAGAUUUAUGACAAAAUUAUAUAUAUUAAGAGGACAAUUGAAAACUCCAUAAUGGCUUUUAAUUUUUACACCAAUAAGGAGCUUCAAAGAUUUUGCUAAUAUAUGGCAAGUGCAGCCAGCAACAAAUGCAGAAAUGAAAUUUUUCUUAAAAAUUAUAGUAAAUAUUCCAAAGCGAAGUAAAAAUCCCACCAUAUAUAUCACACCAAUCAAAAAAGUUACUGUUGUGGCUAUUUCUGAAUUUGAAAAACCCUUACCACUAGCUAAGCUAACAGCUUCUCCUGUUAUCAUUGAACCAAUCGCCACGGGUCCGAAUGAACUUACAUGAGCAGUUCCCAAAAUGGUAUAAACAAUACCAGUAAAACAUGUAGUAUAUAAGCCAUAAACAAGAUCAACAUUUGCUAACAUAGAAAAGGCAAGGGACUGAGGUACAUGGAUACAGGCAAGAGUAAAUCCACAAGUCAGAUCUCUGAAAAAAUAUUCUUUCCAUUUAUAAUUUGGUAGCCACUCCAAUAUUGGUAUCCUCUUCUUAACGUAAUGUUUAAUGGAUCCCAUGCAAUGGUUUCCUCUUCCUUCUUCUUUGACAUCCGAGGAAACUAAUAUUAAAUUAAAUUAGAAUAUUAAAUUAAAUUUAUAGAUAACUUAAAAAAUAAAAAGAAACAGAAUAACAUACCUUCCUUUUCACACAUUCUAAAAAUUAUAAUAAAACCACGGUUAAUACUUCGAAAAAAACAAGAAAAACAUGAACAUAUCCUAACGAACUCCGGUUCGACCGCACUCGAAAAGCGGCCCUGGCACUGUGAUUCGGAAUCGGAGGGAACCCGACUCAUUUACUUCUCCUUGAUAACAUCCAAGUUCACCAACAUUUUAGGCCUUAAAUUCCCUCUACAUUUUCAGUGUUCUCAAUUUGGUCAUACUGAAUAAUAGUAGGUUCCACAUAGGUUUCAAAGUAGUGAGGUUAUCUAGGUUAAGUUUAUUAACGUGAUAUGUCAGUGAUACUUGAAAAGACUUAAUUACAAUUUUGUUAUAUUAAUAUGGAUGAUGAUGGAUUUGUGUGAUUUAUUCAAAAUAAGAUAAUUUAUAUGUAUAAAUAAGCAAUUAUCAUUUGACAGUCUUAUGUCUUUUGAAUUUCCUCAACUACUUAUCAAAGAAGAAUCUAGUCAUUUAUGAAAAAUACAAUUAUAGAAGUGCCAUGUCUUAUGUUAACAAAGAAUUUGAAUUUCCUGCUGAAUUAUUAGUUCAUCCUCAAGCACUAAUUGGUGUCAUAGGUCUUGAUACCUUAAAUAAUGCUUUACAUAAAGCUACUUGGGAUGCGAUGUGCAACCAUAGGAGAUCAGAAAGAUCCCCUGUGCAGUUUAAAUUUUUUCCUCCAACCCAUGAGUUCCCUAAACCAAAAGCAAAGAAAGCAGCCUAUGAACUUCAUAUCCCAAAAGGAAUUCUUAAACGAAAUUGGAUGCAUAAACAUUUAACUCAAAUUCCAGCAGUAAUAGUUAUUUUUUAUGACCUUGAUUGGGAUGAUCCAGACUGGGAAGAGAAGAAAAGUGAAUGUGUUUCACGUGUUCGAUCAAUUAGAUCAAGCUUAGAAGGAAGAAACUGUAAAAUUUGUUUGGUACUUAUCCAAAAAACAGCACCACUUCCUUCUGGUGAAGAUGUUUUGGGAACUGAAAGAGCCAAUGCACUUUACCAAGCAGCAGAACUCGGCUACAAAGCUUUAUUUAUUUUACCACAUACAGAACAUUUAUUAGGUUAUACAUCAAACUUAGAAAAGGCCUUUUAUGACCUAGCAGUAAGUUAUUAUCAGAUGGAGAUGAGAUCAGUAAAAAGCCAUAGAGAAAACAUGAACAAAACAACUCAUCAGUAUUUAUAUGUGAGACAUCAGUUUAAACUAGGAUUUUUUUCUGAAUUAAAACAAGACCUUAAUUCAGCUCACGCGUACUAUAGUGAAGCCUACAGCAAUUUGCUCGAAGUAAGACUGUCUGAUACUAAUGAAUUUGAAGUGAAGACAGUUGCAGGUUAUAUAGAUUACAAAGUUUGCCGAGUAUUAUUUUGUCAAAACAAGCCUAGGGACGCAAUAUCACAUUUUAAAGCUCAUAUUGAACAUUAUAAGCAGAAAAGGGGGCAUGCUCAUCUUCUUUUUCAGCAUUUCGCCUGGUUAUCAAAGCAGUACAGUAUUUUUGCUGAUUUAUUUGAUGAAAUGAUUCAUCAAGGUCUUCCUGCAGCGCAAACUCAACAUCCAGGUUUUUAUUAUCAUCAAGCAGCCAAGUAUGCAAUUCAGAGGAAGGAAUUUGCUCUUCAGUUAUGUUCUGGAGUAACAGCUUAUCCAGAACCUGACCCAUUAGUUGGAUGGGAUCGGCUAGAAUAUUACGGGCAAAGAGCAUGGAGGCCAUGCAAGCUUAGUGCUGAGCCUCUCGAUCCUGACAUGGAGAGGUUAGGAAUAAUAGCGCUGCAAUUUGUAGAGAGAGCGACUGACAUAUCUUCUCUCAUAAUUGGUUUACUUGGAAGUGCUAUUUCUCAAUUUAAAACAUAUAGAUGCUUCAGAAUGAGAAGAAGGCUUAUUGUACAAAUGGGAGAGGAAUAUUUCAACUCCCGGGAGUAUGGUAAAGCCUUAACGCUCGUGAUGCAUAUGUUAUAUGAUUAUCGUCAAGAACAGUGGUACCUCAUUGGUGAUAAACUUUUAAAAAGUGGUCUUGCAUCAUCCUAUCUAACUGCUUCGGUAACAGACUAUAUUCAACUUUGUGUAGAAGGAAUCGGAAGAUUUAAUAAAAUCUCUGAAGCAUCAAGAAUCAUGAAUAACCUGAUAAAAGUUGUUCAGGGGCAAGUUCCUGAUAAGGAACCAGAUAUCCCAUAUGAUGAAGAAGCCAAAGCUAAACAUUUAUGGCUCACUGCUAAAUCGUCAUCUCCUGUCUUCGUAGACAUGUCUCUUUUUCCUCCGCCUAUUCAACUUAAAGCUGUAAUAGAAAAGCAUGAAUAUGACUCAAUUGUGAUUAAAAUAGUUAUUAGGAGUAUUUUACCUGAGGAAUUCCAAUUCGACUGCUUGAAGCUGUGUGUAACAUGUGCUACUCAAGCCCGAGAACAUGUUGUCGCUAGAAAUGAGGAUCUUCUGUUUAAGAAUGGUGAAGAAUUAAAAGAAUUUUCGACAACCUUAACUCCUCAGCCACAAGACAUCGGUAAAACUCUCCAGAUCACAUCAGUUUUGCUUAACAUUGGCAACUUAGAAGGAAGGUGUGCUGUUCUUAAAUUUACAGGUCUCGGUACGGAUCCAACAACACUCACUCCUGAGCUUUCGUUCUUCAAACUUCAUCAAGAUAUCGAGAAGGAAUUUUGCAAGAUCAAGCCAUGUUUGACAUGUGUUGUUUCAAGAAGGUCAGCUGAAAUAGACAUGGUUAUAGACGCAGAACCUCCUGCAAUAUUCAAUGAAUGGUAUCCAAUAAGAGUGAGGUUAAAAAGUAGAGAGACGUCGACUGCAACUGAAGCUGUCUUCAGCUUUGGCAUUUCUCAAGGAAAUGAUUGUGAGGUUGAAGAUAUUGAGACCAGAGAGCAUUUAUCUUUACCUUUGACAUUUUCAUUCGGGGAUAUAGAACCAGGUGCAACUUUUGAAAAAGGUUUCAUCAUGAAAAUUUCUUCCAUGGAAUCUAGGACUGUAGAUAUUAAGGUGAGUUAUAAUGUCGACGGCAAUGCCUGCUUAAUAGAAUCAAAUUUUAAAAUAGAUGUGAUCGAAGGAUUCACCACGAGUAUUAAGUAUUUGGGACUGUUGAGAUUUGAACCAUUGGAUAACUUGUACGAGAGAGAAGCUUUUAACGCAGAAUUGGUCUAUAAUGCCCAGUCAAUGGUUCCGAUUACCAUUCAUUCAAGUUACAUUAAUAUUAGUCCAUGGUUAAAAUUGAUAGAUGAUUACUAUGAUUCUUUCAAAGGAUUGUGUAUGAGGAAAGAUGAAGUGGCUCAGAAUGUUGUCUCAUUGUUACCAAUUCCUGGAAUUCCAAAAUCUGAAGAACUCGGAGAAAUAGUUUUGGUUUGGGCACGGGAAGGUGAAAAUGCUACUACUGAAACUAAAAUCAAGCUGCCACCGAUUGAAAUUAAUGAGACACCCCUUACCGUUGUCAUGAAGACUGGUCCUUCUUUAGGCACUUAUGUUACUUUACUCCCGGUCACCUAUACUCUGACGAACCAUAGCCACUCACUCAUCACUCUGUCUUUGGUUGUCGAAGCAUCUCCAUCUUUCAUGUUUGCUGGUCACAAGCAGAUGGUUCUUUAUCUACAACCAAAGAGCAGUAAAGAUCUCAGAUACUGUUUGUACCCUUUGUACUGUGGUGUCCUAGCUCUUCCAAAACUCAAAUUGUCACAGAUUGGUGAUAAUCCCUCUCUACCAAACUUAACUGCACUUUUAGAUAGAACUUUACAUUCAACAAUGUACAUCAUGCCAAAGGCAAAAGGACAGCCAGAAGAAGAAAACUUGCCGACACCUGCGAUAACAUAGCACUUGCUCCUAGUUAGUUGUUAAAGAAUAUAGGCGUGGCCAUCGCCGCUGAAGACAUAGGUUUGCAUCCUAACCCAGCACUGCUAUUGCUUUCUCUAUAGCGGGGCUCUCUAGUCCUGUUUCUUAGCUACUACCCUAUUAUAAUACCAUUAGUGCAUCAUACCAUUAUUUUUAUAUUAAGUCAGGUCAAUGAUUUUUUUUUUUUUUUGUCUUGAGGAUUUUCAGUUUAUGAUGUAUCACAUGUAUGAGUGUGAACAGUGAUGAAAAUCAAUUUCCUUAAUUUUAUCAGGUGAUCUCUGAAUUUGAUGGGUGUUUAUGUUUCAUAAUUAGAAGUAUUGAGGCUGUCUUUAAAAUCUGUAAUAUAUGAAUGAUGAUAUGCUAUUUAUUAGUGUAUUCAUUUAAAAUACUCUUUGCACUAUGAAUAGUAUUUUAAUUAUUAUCUUGGUAACCUAUAUUUUAAACUACGUAUGUUUAUUCUUUUUUUCUAAAGUUAUUGUUUUCAACAAAUAUAAAUAGCAUUUCCAAGUCUAUAUUCAGACCUUUUAAAAAUUAAGUUUAAACUUUUCAAAUUUAGUCAAGUCAUUUUACAGAAUUUGCAAGUUUGAUUUUGUGUUUUGUGAAAGGGGUGAUGUUGGUAUUCCCAAAUCAAUUUUUUUACUGACUGAAAUAUAACUUUUUGUUUUUAUUUAACACAGAAUAGCAGAUAACUAUUCGUUAAAAAUGUAUUUUAUGCUUGUUUGGAAUUCUACUCUCUUAUUUAUGAUCUGCAAAAAAAAAAAAAAAAAAAAAAGAAUCCACCUAGAAAAGAUUCAGAUUUUAACAUAGUUUUCAAUAAUUUUUUUUUAUUGAUAGAAGAGAUUGUUUGUUUGUUGUAUGUUUUUAAAAGAUUCCAUGUAUUUUAGAAAGGGAUAGAGGUAUUAGUAAAAUGUUAGCAUAAUUAAAACUAUAAACACUAUAAAAUGCUUUUCAUUAUUUUUUCUCUGCUCGAGCUGAAAUUGGCUUUUCCUUGCUGAUGGAUAUUAUUGUUAUUGUUAAUUAUUUUUUACAGAAAAUUUAGUGAAUUAUUUUCAGAGGUUGAAAUUUUCAGUUAUUUUUUCAAUCUAUUUGAAUAAAUUGUGAAGUAAUUUUGAUUUAUAAAAGAUUUUAGUAAUAGGUUCUUGUUACACGUAAGCAUACGUAAAUAUUUUUGUUUUACAAAAAAGGACUAUUUGCAACCUGAAAGAGUCAGAUAUUCACUAAUUAAAUUAUAUUAUAGUAACUUUCACAUCUUUAGAAUGGUAGGUUUGGGAUAUUCAAUUUAUUAAACUAAAAAUAUUUUUGUAAUAAAGCCUAAUUAUACCAACAUUUUCAAUAAAGUUUCUUGUUUUUUCCAUAGUAACAUGCCAACAUUUAAAAAACAAUGUGUUCAUAUUUAUUGUUUUAAUAAUUAAUAUUCUGGGGAACAUACUAAUAGCUUUAUUUAAUAAAAAAAUUCAAUUUUUUUUUUUUUGUAUACAGUUUCUAGAUAAACAGCUAGCGUAUGUCUGUUUGUAUAUGUAAUAUAACUAUUAAAAAUGUUGUGUUCAUUGAUUAUUUUCUCGAAAACUUUUUGGAUUAAUAUAAUGGAAAAAAUUAGUAUGUGACAAAAAAUAAACAGGCAAGUUUUCAGUUUUAAUGCUGAAAAUGUUUAUUAACUUUUCAAACGAAACCUAUGACAAUAAUGAGUGAAAACUAAAAUGGUCGGUCAUAUAUAUUUUUAUAAACUUAAUAUAGCUUUAGAAAAAUAUGAUGUUCAUGAUUUAUGUUUUAAAAUUCUUUCCGCUUAGGUAAAUUUAAUUUUAAUAUUUUUGUUUAUAUGAAUCAGUUUCUUUGUUCGAAAAUAUAAAUAGUCCCAUGCCAUUUCCUAAAAUUAUUUCAGUUUAAAAUUUUAAUAUGUAUAAAUAUAAUUUUAAUUGUCGUUUAAAAAAAAAAUUAUUAAUCUCUUUUACCUUAAUUGCUAACCCUAGUAGUUUAAUUUUUUUUAUUUAAUAUGUAUUGUGAUUAUUUCAUAAAUUUAACAAGUUAGGUGACAUCAAGAAUCUUUCAACCAAAUAGGAAAUUUUUUUUUUCCAAAAUGCGUGGACAUUUUGUGGAUUGCUUUUUAUCUUCUGAGAUUCGAUAAUGAAUAUAAGUUAAACACAAAUUUUUAAAACACAUCGUAAUAACCAUUUACUCUUAAAAUAAAAUAUUAAUAAACAAUAUUACAAUCUUACUUGGAUUUCGCCAGACACUUAGUUCGGUAAUUAUUAACAAUAUAACUGAAUAUUUAUAACUAAUCAUUUCAAGCAAUCCCUUUUUAAAUUUUGAUAUUCAUAGUUUACUUGCUUGACCUUAAGCAAAAUUUCAAAUAGAUUAAAUGGGAAUUAGGUAGACAACCAGAUAGAAUGUAAGACUUCAGUUAGAAAAAGCUUUCUCUUGUAUUUUACUAUUUUAUCCCUUACAUACGUUGCCUGAAAAUACCGGACUGCUGAAGAUGCUGAAAUGGCACACUACUGGAUUACAUAGGUCAAGAUUUCAAGGACCCAUAAGGAAAUAACUUUUCUGAAGGCCUUUGACUAAAUAAAUCUCACUCACCGAUCUUUGCUACCAAUCAAGUUUCCAAACAUAUGUAUUCUUCAUCCAAUAAAAAAUAAAUAAAAUAUAACUAAACAUAAAUUUAACUACUUCUUAACCGACAGCCCUCAUGGUACUUAGUAAUUUAUAAUAUUCAGGUAUAAAUUUUUUUAGUAAACAAAAGUAGGGGAUAAAUUAAUCUUUAAGCAAUAACUAAAGGCAUUAUUAGCGUAUUAAGUCAAAGAAUAAGGUUAAGUAGAUAUCUUGAUGAAUAUUCCACCUGAAAUUAGGACAUCUAAUUAAUUCAAAGUCAUAUUAUAUUAUCCUCAUAGCAUAAAUGUAACAUUCAAAAAGAAUAAAACUUGGCCUCAUCAAUGCCUAUUUCUAAAUAUCUGUGUUCAUCUACAGUAAAAUAAAUACUGUAAAUGUAGUUUAUUUACUGUAUUUGAAUUCAUUGUAGUGAUAUAUUUUUAUACUCUUGUAUUAAUUAAAAUCAUCGUCAGGGCUUAUAUUUCAAUUCCAAAACUUUUCUAAGCACAAAUCGUCUGUAGUUUAGUAUAGCUAAUUUGCACUCAUACAUGUGAAUGUCAUUACAUCCUUGAAAUUAUUAUUUUUAAUUCAUUAAAUAAUAAAAUGAAUUAUUUUUAUUAUUUAUUAGGAGCUGGUGCCUUUUUUAUCAGUUUAAAUGGAAUAAUCAUGUCGUAGCUGAUAUAUAUCAUGUAAUCUUACCAUAAUAUUGUGUAUUAUGGUUGUAUCUUUGUAAUUUAUAUACAAUUUGAGGAAGAAUAGAUUUUGUUAAAACUAUUGAAUACUUGUGAUGACCAACAAAUAAGUCGGAUACUAUAUAUAUAUUUAAAUAUAAAGUAGAUGAUGGAAUGAUAAAUAAUACUCUGUUUUAUUAAUAAUCAGCCAUCAUAUUCUGAAGGAAAUUAAUGUAAUAAAAAAUAUAGAUCAUAAAAGGUACUAAUACCUCAAAUAGCAGUCUGAACCCCAUAUUAUUAAGCAAUUUAUAAAUUAAAUGUGUUGCUGGUCUAAAUCAAGUAUUCACGAUUAUUAUUAUCAUCUGUAAUCUUUUUUUUUUUAUUAUUGUAUCCCAAUUAUGUCAUUAGCUUUUUGCACUUUCAUAACAAUUCAAUGAAAACGCAGCUUUAGAUUGAAUUUCAUGAUAGCUUGGUUUUCAUUAUUAUAUAAUGGUAUAUAAUUACAUUCAGUAUGUAAUUUAAUUAGUAUUUAUUGAAACUGCAGUGGCGGAAAAUCAUCAUUUUCUGUCAUAGAAAUAGCAAAAAAAAGAUCUCUGGUAUAGAUAGCUUGGUUAAAAAUUUGUAUUUUGUUUACUUUUAACUGCCUAAAAGGCAGUUUAACGCUUAUUGGUUGGCACACAAUUAAUAUCUACAAGUAUAUUUUUUUUUUAAUAAAUAACCUUUGUGCUGUUAAUUGCUGUAGUUUUAUCUCACAAUUUUUUUUUUUUUUUUUACAAAACUAUUAAGUGAUAUUCCACCACUGCCAUUGGAACUGUAGUCAUAAACAUAGUUAUGUAUAAUUUAACUUAUUCAUUUCAAUGCCCUAUGGUCAAUAGUAUGUUGAAAUAAAAGUUUAUUUUUUAAAACAGACAUUUAUAGGCAGUUGAUUAUAGAUGUAAUGGUAAAGGUAAUAUUUACCUUGUGUUCAAUAUAGUAGAUAUUUAGCAGAAGGGAUUACGCCUUAGGUCAUUUUAUGGGCAUAGCUAUACGAGAUGGGAUAAUCUCAAUCAUGUUUCUAAUUGUAGAAAUGUUAAUAAAAUUGUAUCGAGAUAUAUUUUUAAUAUACUUUAAUCAACUAAUAAUUUUUGUACAUAUAAUCUGUUUUUAUAUUUGUAGUUAUUACAAUAUAGUGCAAUUUACCUCCUCAUGGUGAUAAAAUGUGACGACCAUUAUUGGCAUACAUUUAUAUAUUGGAUCAUUAGUGUUUUGGGAAUUUAAUUUUUUUUGUUAAUGUGAAAUAAUUAUGUUAAUCGUUAACAUUGCACGAAUUUCAUUGGCACUUCUGUCUUGUGUUAAUUACAUGACAGAAGUUUUUGUUGAAGAUAUGUAACAUUUUUAUAUUAUACCAAUUAUUUUUUGUUAUACUUAUUCUAUACAUUCCAAUACAGAUUUAUUUAAAAUAAUUAAUAUGUAUAUUAAUAUGUACAUAAGAAAGAUAGUGUAAAUAGUGAAGAAAUGAUUAUUGUAAUAAAAGUAUGUUUGCCAAAAUUUAUUUAUCUACCAUAUAAAUGGAAGUAAACUUAUUUGCUCAGUUAGUUUUCUUUCCGUGUUUAAUUUUUUACAUUCCAACAUUUAAUUUUUUAUCAGUCUUCCAGCUACUGGAACAGCGUGCUUUAUUUUCAUUACACAUCUUUUUCUGAACAACCAAAAUGCUGAAUAAGGAAAAAAUAUAAAUUAAAACAAAAAAUUAACCAUACAAUAAAAAAGUCAUAUUAGGUCAUAAACAAAAAAAAAGGAUAAACAAAAACAUACGACAACAUUAAUAAUAUUUAUUUAAUUGAAAAAUAUCUAACAUUUUUUUAAGCUAAUAAAAUAUUUAAAAAAUAAUUAUAACAUAUUUGCAUUAAAACAAGGGUUUGCUUUAUAGUAAUUACAAUGAAAAUAUACAUUUUUUUUUUUUUUUAUGACAUCAUCGAACACGUAAGCACUUAAUUUUACAGUUCCUGUUGUAUGGCUGCCUCAACCUUCAAUUGUUGUUAGUUGUUUUUUGGUCAUAUUUAGGUUUGUUUGACGAUCAUAACUGUUUUGCAGUUAUAGUUAACUUUCAACAAUGUCAGUGCUUCUGAUUGAAAAACCAACAUAUUGGCGGUAAGAAACCAAAUUUUAAUUUAUAAUUUAAUUUCUGAAUUAAGUUUUUUGUUUCACUUGUUUCGUUUUAGUUUUUCCUAUUAGUUUGAUUCAUAAUUUUUAUUAAUAAACUACAUUGUAUUUCUCUAACUUUGGCAUGAUUUUAACAUAGUAAUAUCUGUUCUAGGUGAGAUUGUUAUUAACCUUAUUCAUUGUAGAAAUUAGGGAGAGUAUGGUGACAAAUAUAAUCGUUUAUUAGGAGUAAAAUAAAGUAUUUAAUUUUACACAUUAAUAACAAGUUGUAAUACUUUUUAUGUUAUUACUAUUAGAGCAAACCAUUAUGUAGUAACAGAAUUAAGUUCUGUAACUAUCAUCACUAAACGUAAAAAUGAAACAUUAUUAUUUUAAAGUUCCAUUAUUCCCAUCAUUCCUUACACUAAAAGUUGAUUUUACUUUUUUUUAUGUUUUUUUUUAAUAUGAUUUUGCAUAGAAAUAAGCUUAAGUGUGACAACAUCGCAAUAGGGGCACUGACGAGGCUCCUCUUGUUUCCUAAUAUGAUGCGUUCUUUUAUGCUUCUUUAAACAACCUAAUGUACUAGCAGAAUAAUCACAUAAUUCACAUUUAAAACGUCGUAUGUUAAGAUGUUUCGUUUCUAUGUGACAAUCCACAUGAAUUGGCUGAUUACCUUGAUAGUCACAAAAUGGACAUUUAUGUGGUCUUUCCUGAGUAUGGGUGAGUAUGUGAAUUUUUAAUUGUGAUAUGUUGGGUAAACAUUUUCCACAGUAAGGACAUGGAUACACAUAUUUUCUAACAUUUUUUCUUUUUUUAGAUUUGCGGGCUCGGGUUGGUUUAGUUUUAUAAUUGUACUUGUGUCUUAAUUGGUUAUGUUCCAUAAAGGUUUCUAAACUACAUACUUCCCCACAUUUGUGACAGCUCACAACUCUUGGUUGCAAAAGUUGAUCAGAUUCAGUCCCUAAAACAGAUGUCAUCAAACCUAUUAAAAUUUGAUAAGAUAAUAUUUCACGUUUCUUAUUCGAUACCAAUUCUAAAAUCUGAUUAGAUAAAAACUUAAGUGCUUCACAACACCAAAAUAAAAUGACUUAUCCCAAAAGUAAUUAUCUUUAAGUUAAUUUUUUUAUUAUUAAAUUAUUGAAAUGUUCGACUCAAUUAAAAUAUUAAAAAUACAUGCGAGCUAUGAUAUAAUAAAAUUACGAACACUUGUAGAGAGAUUGUCCAUAGAGAGUAUUCUCAUAGAAGUUUUAUAUUGGAAGUUCCCUAGCAGGAUUAUCAGAAAUUGUAGAAGAAGCAAGUGGGUUCGAACUAGAUCUAUGUAGAUGCUAAAUCAGCUACCACAUGGAACAUCAAGAUUUUUAAGGAUGAUUUUAUUUUUGACAAAAGUAAGGAGUGUUGAGGAUUUUAUGAAAGAUUAGGGUUGUGGGGAUUGGUUACAAGAGGAAUUCGAUGGUUUAAUAAAGCCCCAAAGUUUAACUCUAUAAGUCAAAAUAGCCCUUAUUGUAGUCAUAUAAAUGAGCCUUUUUUUAUUAAUUAGAAGCCUGGAGUAUUAAUUAUUUUGCCUAUUACAUUAAAAUAGACAGUUCUUGAUUGCAAAUGAAAACAAUGAUGCAAAAGCUAUUGGACAUAAUGAUAACAAUUCUAUCCUACAAAAUAGACAUAAGUAUUCUAAAAACAAAAUGAAUAUGCAUAUCAUGUUAUUGACUAAUAAUGAUCAGGUUAUCUCGAAUAUAUAGGGUAAUUUCACAAAUAAAAUCAUGGCCAACUGAAUGAAAAGGAUUACUGGUGAUAUGUAAGAAUUUCUAGGACGGAAAUAGUAAAACAUGAUAUAAUUAGAAGUGAAAAAUAUCCCGAAAGGGAAAAAGGAAUAAUGUUUUAUGGGAAAUUGUGAAAUGGCUGGAUACUUGGAUACUGAAAAGGAAAGUAGAUUGUACUGGUAGCGAGGCUAACGAAGAAAGACAGAGGAUAAUGAAACUGAAGAAUGUAGAUGCUGGGAAGUAUGGUCUUUGGUAGAACAAUAUGGGAGAAAGACAUAAAAGAAAGAAACACUUUAUUUAGAUGAAAGACUGCUGCUCAAUUAUAUUAGGUUGCUAAAUACACAAUUCACACUAAAUACAUACUUAUUAAUCACAAUGGGCAAUGAAUAAAACCGAUGUAUAAAUAUACAGUACAAUAAUUUUAAGGGGGGAAAUAUAUUUUUAUUAAAUUGUUAUUAAUACUCACAAGUUACUUAUUAUUAUUAUUUGCAAUUCAAUGCAUAAACAUAAUAGGUAAGAAUGAAUUAGUUGACCUAACUAUUUAACCAGAAAUAAGGGAUAAUAACAUAUUUAGGAUAAGAUGAAACAUAGUAAAAAUAAAACAUAUGUUAGCCUAGUGAUGGUCCAUCUUUAAUAAUAUUUUGGCUCAAUGUGGAGUCCUUAAUCAGGGUGAUAAGAACUGAAGAGAAAACAUAACCAUUUACAAAAGCUGGUAUCACCAACACUUAUAUAAUAAUUUGACUAUUCUUCCACAUUAUCAGACAAAAUGACAAAAUAUUAGUUGAACAAAAUGCAGUGGAAAUUGGUCUAUGAUGGAAUUAAAAUAACUAGAUGUUUAGACCAUUAGUUUCCCAGAGUGUUGUGCCUCCUGCAAUAUAAUUAUAAAUUGGCAAUUCCCUGCAUGAAACCAAUGAUCAGCUUUAAGAUUUUAUGUUAUAAUUAACUAAUGUAAUAAUUGUUACAUUAAAACAUGCUGAUCACUUACUGCUGGUAAGAGUGUUUGAAUAAUUUUAUACAGAAAUCUACAAAGUGAUUACUUUGCAUAAAGAAUUUUCUUCCAUGAAAUUUAAUUAUCAAUGUCAAUCUUAUGUCUAAUGUUCAUAAAAUUUUGAUAAAUAACAAUAAAACAUCAACUCUGUAAUAAGAUUUUGGAUGUAUACAAUCUCUGUCAGAUAAUUCCAGUAGACCUACAUUUUGUGAUAAGUGGAUGAUGAAUUGCAACAGCACAAUUUAUAGUAAUGACAAUCUUUAUUUGAUGUUGGAGUUAAGCCCUGGUGUGAUGAAAUUUUUAUAAUAUCAAAAGGAAGGAGCCAGAUGAUUUAGAACUACUGAUAGACUGAGUCAGCGAGGUUUUUUUUUUUUAAUAUCGAAGAAUAUUAGUGUUGAUGUUAAAGCAAUGGUUGAGAUUAUUUUAAUUCAAUAUAACGUACCUCUGCUCCAGCAUGUUUUUUCAACUUUCUCAGCAGUUGCUAUAAUUUUUUUAUUUUAAAAACAAGUGCUGCAAUUGUUCAUUUUCUUCCCACUUUCGCCAUCUUUUAGCUGUCAUCAUUAUCUUUUUUUAAUUUCUAUAUAAGAAUAUAAAUUAAUCAUUAUGAGAUUUAUGGUUGCAUGUCAAAAUAUUACUUAAUUUAAACCUUGACACAUCACUCGAUUUUGGUCCUAAAUAACUUUUGAGUAAGAGAAAUUUCCAGCAUUACUGUCAGAUCAUGGAGAAUAAAUAAUUCCUGAAAAUCCACUUAGGGUGUUGAAGUGAUCUGAGUUGUAACAAAGUGAGUUUGAUUUUAAAUUUUGAGUGUGUAUUUAAAUAAAGAAAAUGGACAUAAGUUCAAUUUUUGUUUUUGACCAAAUAUUAUCCCUUAAUUGCCACAUCAAGAUUUGAACUGGCUUCAUUCAUAAUAGAAAAUCAAUUUUCAACCUGCUUAGCACAAUUGUUUACCAAGUGUAAAUAUUUUAAUAACACUUCUCUGUAAUCAAAUUAAUAUCAGCUGUGGUAAACAAAUAUUUUUAGUUUUGUCGCUAAGUAUAUGCUUUUUAGAAAAUAAUUAAAGCUGUAAAAUAAAAAAUCCUGAGUAUUUAUUCAAUGCAUGGCAGUCAACUUUAGUUUGUUUGAACAUUAUUUACUACACAAUCAACACUUAAAAAGAAAAAUGGUUUAUCAAUGUUUUAAGAAUACCUUCAAUUAGAAAAUGUGGCAUUAUAUCCGGGAAAUACUCCUGCAUAGAGUCAGGCAGCCCAUCUUCUUGAAGGCUAUCAUCUUCUUCAGGCUCA